CUUUCGCGCGAACACGAUCAACCGGUGAGUGUUUUGCAUCGAAAGUGAAUGAUUCUGAGCCCAUGUACGUGGGUAGCAAAGGACGGACUGAGGUGCUCUACAAUGAAUGGUCUUCACGGCUUGACACUCUCGGAGCACCUUUGGUACGAAGACGGGAACGUUAUCCUGGUCGCGACCAAUCAAGCCUUUCGCGUUCACCGGGGAGUCCUAUCGCAGCACUCUGCGGUAUUCCGUGAUCUCUUCACCGUGCCACAGCCGUCGUCCGCGCUCCUCGUGGACGGCUGCGCUGUCGUGCAUCUCGCCGACGAUCCCCUGCACCUCGAGUUUCUUCUGAGCGCUAUGUAUGACCGGUCGUACCUGCAGCGAAUUGCGGAGGUGGCAUCCGGAAUAUUGUCUUUGUCGCACAAGUACGACAUCGAGAGCUUCUACGAGGAGGCAAUCUACCGCCUGCUGGAGGACUAUCCAGUCACUUUCGACCGUUUCCGCUCGACAGAGCAGUACUUCCUGGAGCCGUUCGAAGCUGCGCACCAUGCUGGUUCCAUCUUCAUCAUCAACGCCGCGCGCCGCAUUCGCACGCCUGAACUCCUCGAGCUACUGCCGCUGGCAUUCUACCUGUGUUCUCUACUCGAUGGUUCGCUUCUCGUCAAAGGAGUCCCGAGGUCAAAUGGCGAGUUAGAGAAGCUCUCCGCCGAUGAUCUACUCCGGUGUAUCAAUGGAAAGGAAGGACUCAUGAAGGCGAACGCCGCUGCAACCAUGUGUCUAGGGCCGUUCACGGAAAGCCUCGCUGACGACUGCAAGGUCUUUGAAACAUGCAAGAAAGCACUGGUGGCGAUCACGCAAGACGCACUCGAGGCUGAUAUCUUUUCGGCGUGCGAUGCAUUGACAAAUAUAGACUCAUGGAUCGAUGAGAAGGCCAGGAAGUAUGCGUUAUGCGAACGAUGUGCCGGGAACAUACGCAGCGUACAUCGGGAUGCUCAGAAGGAGGUAUGGGAUACUCUCAUAGACAUAUUUGAGCUGCGUGAAGAUCUGCCUACAUCUACUGACCUUGCACCGUCGGGGCGCUGAACGUAGUACGCUCUGCUAUGUUUGGGAGGAUGCAUUUUCGAUACUCGAUACAGUACGACCAGAUUCUAUGAAGAUUCGUAAUAUACUAAUCAGUAGUCCGAUGUUCAUGUAGUAUGUUUAUCAUGAUGCAUUCCAUUUUAUGAUCACGUCGUGGCGAGUCUAUCCGAAUCGUGAUCUCAUCCAGACGCGACCGACGCGUACUAUUGCGGUCUCGUCACUGGCAAGCUCUUGAUGGCGAAGAACGACGCUGUGUGAUGAUCUCAUCU